AAAUUGACAAUGGAACAGAAAUGUGAGAUUGCAAACGCGGAGCAGGAGAGACUUGCAGUAGAAAUUGGGGACAACAAGAAAGCAUCAGAAAAAUUGGCAGACACGUUACGUGCAGUUCUUGAAGAAACUGAUAUUCGCAUCGCAGAGUUGAAGAAAGAUGCGUAUGAGUUCAAAAGAGACAUAGUCGUGGGCGCAGAAAACAUGCGCACGGGGAAGACCAUGGCGGAGAAGAUGACUCGUUACAUGGAGGAGAAGCUGCGGCAACGUGAUAGCAUGAUUGAGAAGUUGCGGUUGAAGAACUCAACCAUCAAAGCACAGCUUCAUAAGGUCGAGGCCCAGCUCAAGCAGAAGGAAGAGAUGGGUGAUGUCCUGCACUAUAUAGAUUUUCAUCAGCUUCAGAUAGAGAACAAGCAAUACCAGACACAGAUUGAAGAGCGCAACGAGGAGCUACUCCGACUCAAAAUGACAACAGGAAAGACGGUGCAGACGUUAAAUAUGCUCAAACAGAAGCUCAAUGCAAUCUUGACUGAGUCAGGCUGGCUCCACAGAGAAAUAGCGGCUCGCAAAGAGCAGCUCCGCAAGGUCCGCGAUGACACCGCUGCGGUCAACACGGAGAUCGCUGCAGAACGCCGUGGCCGGAAACGGCUCGGCCAGCAGCAGGCAGAGACAACUGACAUGCCAUCAACCCUUGAUUACGUGGAACAAAAGGCACAAAUGUACGACCUUCAAUCCAUGCUUCGGAACUGGGAGCGCAAAGUCGAAAUAAUGGAAAUGGCUGCGAAGCGCGCAAGAACAGUCGCCCGCAAGAGUAGAAUAUUAGGAGCCACUGACACAGAUUGA